AUGGACGACUUGCUGCAGCAGCUGCAGCACAAGAUCAACCGGACGCACCCAAUCUGUGUUCCGUCCGUGAACGACAAGGAGACGGGCAGUCGUUUGUGUCACUGGUCGCCGCUUGCCGAUGCACUGGGCAGCAAUGAUCCCAAAUCCGGUGGCGAGUGGUGGGCCAUUCUUGACAAGCUAGCAGCAGAGGACCCCGGCUGUGGUGCUGCCAUCGGCUGUCUGGUCGGCCUUGCGCUGGGCGACGCGUGCGGCGCACCGUUAGAGUUCUGCGCUGUUGAUUCCCGGCUCCCAGAUCUGCCGGCGGGGGAUUUUUCGGAUUUGAGAAGGCCUUGCUUAAGUGGACAGCUGGACGACACGGGUCAGCUGGUCUACCAGAACGCGAGGAAUAAGUUUGAUUUGAAGCUAGGUCAGUGGACAGACGAUGCCAGUAUGGCCUUGUGUCUCGCAGAUUCCCUACUAGUGCGGGGAAGAUACGAUGGAGGCGAUGUGCGAGUUAGAUGGCACAUGUGGUGGUUUCACGGAUAUUGCAAUGCCUUCCGCUACGAUGCCGAGCGCCGCAAGGGCCGAGGUUCAGUGGGGCUGGGUGGCAACGUCGCGAAGUCGCUGCAAGAAAUUGAGCGCUCCGUGCAGAUCGCUCAAUCUUCCGGCCGAUUGCAGAAGAAUGCCAGUCAUGCAAGCGUCGUGCCGCCAAUCUACCAGUCUUCUUCGAACGACUCCGGGAAUGGCAAAACUAGGCUGCAGACGCCGUCCUCUCAUUUCUUGUUGCGGCUGCCCUGCACGUGCACCGGAAUUAACGAAGUGGCCAGCUUGAUGAGCGCUGCGUCGAGUGCUUUCGCCGCCUUCUUGGAGCAGCAGCUGCGUGAGCUGCACCACCAGAUCGUGGAGAAGCAUGAGGAGCUGGUGGCCGCACUCCUG